CAAGGGACCCUAGUUUUGCUGUUAGAUGUGUGGCCAUCCAUUACCUCACACGUAUUUUCUGACAAUAUCCUCAAUUUUCUCAUUUUUCAGAACCCAAAAACUCAUCAACUCCCCUUCUUUAACCCAAAAAUCCCCAAUUUUUUCACACAAAAAUGUCAUCAGGAUGUCUUCUCCUCUGCGAGAUCAUACUCUCGAUCUUGCUACCCCCUCUGGGUGUCUGUCUCCGCUACGGUUGCUGCACGGUUGAGUUCUUCAUAUGUUUGGUGUUGACUAUUCUGGGUUAUCUUCCUGGGAUUAUUUAUGCUCUCUAUGCUAUCAUUUGCGUCAACCCAGAUCGUGACGCUGACCGAUAUGAGAGGCUUGCUUAAGAAGUGUGGUUGAUUACUUGUGGAUCUUGUAUUUGAUUUGUGGUUGUUUUACUAUGUGAUCUGUUUUGUGUUGGGUCGGGUUGUGUUGUGUUGGUGUUGAUGUUGGUGUUUGGUAUAGUGAUGUUUAUGUGUUUAUUUGUGAACAGUUUGAUGUUUAUGUUGUUGGUUACUAGUGUGAUGUGAUAUGUUACAAGUGUUUUGAAUGUGUUGUGUGAUUUGGGUGUUUUGGUU